CGUGGGGGGGAGGGGGGGAGAGAGGGAAUGUCUUACCUACUCCACCUAUCUAUGUGAUCGAUAGAAGGGAGCGGGAGAGAGCUAAGAGGAUAAUUCGGCGUCGAAGGAGGGAAGGAGAGAGAGAAAAGGAAGGAGGAGGAGAAGAAGAAGAAGAAGAAACCCGCCGCUUGUGGUCGGUUUGAAGGGAAGAGAGACGGAGAGAGAGAGAGAGAGAGAGAAAAAAAAGGGGAGCGGCGGCGUCAAGAAAGUCGAAGGGAAGGAAGGAAGGAGGAAGGAGGAGGAAUUGAGAGAGAGACCAGAGAAGUGCUUUGGUUUUGCUGCUGGACCUUCCACAGAGAAUGAUAUGAGACUCGAUAGAAGAAGACAAUGCACACAGGCGGAGAGACCUCAGCAUGCAAACCUUCAACUGUUCGGCUUGCACCCUCAUUUUCAUUUCACGCUGCUGGCCUUCAAAUGGCUACGCAGGUGCCUCAUUCCCACCAGCAAUAUAGUGAUCGUCACCAACAGACUAUAAAUGACCAGCAGGUGCCCGCACUUUCCUACACUGACCAGCUUCAGCCAGCCAUAACUAAUCAGGUGAUGCCUGAUGUUGUCAUGUUGCAAAGGCGAAUGCCCCAAACCUUCCGUGAUCCUAUUUCUGCUCCACUAAGAAAACUUUCUGUAGAUUUGAUCAAAACCUACAAACAUAUUAAUGAGGUGUACUAUGCAAAAAAGAAAAGACGGCACCAACAAGGUCAAGGAGAUGAUUCAAGUCACAAGAAAGAGAGGAAGGUGUAUAAUGAUGGCUAUGAUGAUGACAAUUAUGACUAUAUUGUAAAAAAUGGAGAGAAAUGGAUGGACCGAUAUGAAAUUGACUCCUUAAUUGGUAAAGGGUCCUUUGGACAGGUUGUGAAAGCUUAUGACCGCGUGGAACAGGAGUGGAUAGCAAUAAAGAUCAUCAAGAACAAGAAGGCAUUCCUGAAUCAGGCGCAGAUUGAAGUUCGGCUGCUUGAGCUUAUGAACAAACAUGACACUGAGAUGAAGUACUAUAUAGUUCAUCUGAAGCGACACUUUAUGUUUCGAAACCACCUCUGCCUUGUCUUUGAGAUGCUAUCCUACAACCUCUACGACUUGCUCCGCAACACCAAUUUCCGCGGAGUUUCACUAAAUCUUACACGAAAGUUUGCACAGCAGAUGUGCACUGCUCUGCUCUUUCUUGCCACACCGGAGCUCAGCAUUAUCCAUUGCGACUUAAAACCCGAAAACAUCCUGCUGUGUAAUCCAAAACGGAGCGCCAUCAAGAUUGUUGAUUUUGGUAGCUCCUGUCAACUGGGGCAAAGGAUAUAUCAGUACAUUCAAAGUCGCUUUUACCGCUCACCAGAAGUAUUGCUGGGAAUGCCCUAUGAUCUAGCUAUUGACAUGUGGUCAUUGGGCUGUAUUUUGGUGGAGAUGCAUACUGGAGAGCCUCUCUUCAGUGGAGCUAAUGAGGUGGAUCAGAUGAACAAAAUUGUGGAAGUUCUGGGAAUCCCUCCAUCUCACAUCUUAGAUCAGGCCCCAAAAGCGCGGAAAUUCUUUGAGAAAUUGCCUGAUGCCUCGUGGACAGUAAAGAAGACCAAAGAUGGCAAGAGGGUGAAUAUCAAGAGUAACAUAAAAAAAAUUGGAAACACAGAAUAUAAGCCCCCUGGAUCCCGCAAGCUUCACAAUAUCCUAGGAGUAGAAACUGGUGGCCCUGGCGGGCGCCGAGCUGGAGAAUCUGGCCACACAGUAGCUGAUUACCUGAAGUUCAAGGACUUGAUUCUGAGGAUGCUGGACUAUGACCCUAAGACCCGGAUAGCCCCCUAUUAUGCACUGCAACACAGCUUUUUCAAAAAGACCGCAGACGAAGGGACAAACACAAGCAAUAGUGUGUCGACAAGUCCCGCCAUGGAGCAGUCACAGUCUACAGGCACCUCUUCAAGCACAUCCUCGAGCUCAGGUGGCUCUUCUGGGACAAGUAAUAGUGGAAGGGCAAGGUCAGACCCAACGCAUCAGCAUCGGCAUAGUGGUGGGCAUUACAGCGGAGCUGUCCAGGCCAUGGACUGCGAGACACACAGCCCACAGGUUCGACAACCGUACCCUGUAGCAUUGGGAUGGACACCUGGUGAUGCCACUACACAGGUCACAGUUGAAACUCAUCCAGUUCAGGAGACAACGUUCCACAUUGUUUCCCAACAGCAGAGUGCAUUGCACCACCACCACCCUAACAGCUCCCACCACCACCAUCAUCAUCACCACCAUCACCAUGGACAGCAGGCCAUGAGCACUCGGAACAGGCCGCGAGCUUAUAACUCCCCGACAAACGGUUCCGCUGCCCAGGACUCUAUGGAGGUGGGACACAGCCACCACUCCAUGACGUCCUUGUCUUCCUCAAACUCCUCUUCCUCCACCUCUUCGUCAUCCGUUUCUGGCUCCCAGGCUUACCACAACCGGCCAGUCGUUGCGAACACUUUGGACUUUGCCCAGAACGGCACGGUGGACGUUAAUUUGGGCGCAUACACCAACCCCCGCCAGGAGACGGGAGUGUCCGGGCCGCCGGUCUAUCAGUUCUCCGCAACGGCGGGUCCUGGCCAUUACAUGACAGAGGGACACUUGUCAACGCGGCAAGGAAUGGAUAGGGAGGAAUCCCCGAUGGUAGGUGUUUGUGUUCAGCAGAGUCCCGUGGCAAGCUCAUGACUACUCUGAGAUGGGGGGUUGUUUUUGUUUGUGUGUCUUCAAUGGUGGGGGUUUUAAAAACAAAAUAAAAGUGCAUUGAGAACAGUGCUGCUUUGGAACAAAGGAACCGGAACGGACAGGUCAAGAACACAGAGCUGAUUUUAUUUUUAAAUUGAAAAGGAAUUCUGCGAACGGGACUGUGGAGUGAAAGUGCUUAAGACUGAAGCCAUGCCCC